CAAAUGCAUUGGACGGUUGUUGUUGCUGCUGUUGCAGCUGCUUCGCUGCUGUUCAGCAGCUGCACAGAAGGUAGGCCGCAGGAUUUGGCCACUGGCAUGCUGUUGGCUGUUGCACAGGUAAAUCAGCUGGUGGAGACCGGCGCUGCAGCGCACGAUGAGAAGGAGGUGGAGGUGCUCGGCCAGAAGAUGGGCGGCUCCAUGAAUUUUGGCUUUGGCGAUGCAAUGCGGCAGCCAAUUGGACGUCGACGCAGAAGUGAACACCAGCAAUUGAUGCUGUGGACUACUUUGUAUCCGACUCUUAUCUAGCUAAAUAAAUGCACUAACUAAACUUA